GCAUGGUAGAGUUGACAAAAUGGUGGUUAGAUUUUUUCAACGUCAGCGGGUGGACUUUGUUAAAGGAUUUAAAAUUUUCUCGCCCUAUUAAUUUAACUUUUUACUGGAUUGUCGGUGGUGUAAGUCUUUCAUGCACAAAGGUGAACGCAUAAAUAGCUAGAUGUCUAGUUUAACAGUUUUUUCUAUAAAGGUGAUUUAAUGUAGGUCAUUGCCCUGCCGUGGAGCAAGUCACCUUAAUUUCAAACCACAAGUGGAGCAUGGUAAACAAACACAGAUAUGGCCUAUUUAUAUUCUGCUGUGCUAUUGUGCUUGUAUGGAUGUUAAACUUUCACAAUAACGUUCACAAUUUUGAAAUACACCACUCCGACUUAAGGCGUACAGCAAGACCCCCGACAUUUGAGGAGAAUUCAACAAAACCCAUAGAGGAGUAUCUUGAUGUCCUUCUCGCAUAAUUUCAUUUCCCAAUCCUCAAGCAUCACAUACUCUCUAAGAUAAUGUUCAGAAGCUGACGCCGGAAUGCGGAUACUUUAUAUAAGAAAAUGUUUUCCUUUGGUAACAUUUGGGAUUGUGUGUCUUUUCUUCAUUUUUCACGUGUAUAAACCACAAACUUGGCAACCGCUUGGGAUAUCUGAAAAAAGAUUUAAGGAAAUCCACAUUAAGAAGAGACAAAUAUUUGACAACAACAACUCUAAUGAAAUUGUAUGUGUAAAUUUUCAAGGGCGACUCGGAAAUCUUAUGAUUGAAUACGUGUUUUUGUACGUAAUAGCAAAGAUUAAGAAACUAUACCCUAUCGUUCCUGAAAACUCAGAAUUGUUUCAAAUUUUUGAUAUUCAAAAGACCACACUUUCGGCAAUAAAAAAGCCGAAAAAUGCGUGUUCGAAACUACCCCUACACAAAGAAAGAUGGGGGCUGUCAUAUGACGAGAAGCUGCUCAGUGUCCCUCCUUCAAAAGGAGUGAGAUUUGAUGGCUUCUUUCAGUCAUGGAAAUACUGGAUAAAAUAUGAAGAGGAAAUUCGGGAUAUUCUAACUUUCAAAGAACCAAUACGGAAAAAAGCUUACACACAGAUGGGAGAGAUCCUGAAUCAGAUGAAGUUUAGUGCAAGUGAAAAUAAUGUUGUUGUCAGUAUACAUAUCCGGAGAGGGGAUUAUGCAACAGCGGGGCAUUAUAAGUACGGCAAACUUACACCAAAUGAAACGUAUUAUCAAAAUGCCAUGAACUAUUUCAAAACAAAAUACCAAAAGGUAUUGUUUAUUGUUGGUUCAAAUGAUAUUGGGUGGUCGAAAAAGGCCCUAGCAAACGAAACAAAUGUGUACUACUCCACAGGGAAUUCACCAGCAGAAGAUAUGGCUUUGCUUUCUCUGGCUAAUCAUACCAUCAUGUCGGUUGGGACUUUUGGCUGGUGGAUUGGAUGGAUGGCGCGAGGAACCAGUAUAUUUUAUAAGAACAUCUUCAGACCCGGAACUGGUUUUGCCAAAGAGUUCCGAAAUAAUUCCAUUGAUGAUUUCAUUUAUCCUGGGUGGAUUCCAAUGGAAUAAAAGUAAAAUGUAUUUAAAAUACUGAGGGAAAGACGAAGGCAAUAAAUGAUCAAUUCAUCAUUAGUACUUUAAAUACAUGUAAAUAAUUUUCUCAAUAUUAUCUUUUAUCAGUUUAAUUAUAUAAUUGUUAUUCAAUGGAAUCUAAAUUUAUGGUAUUACAU